CAAAUCUCGAUCAAGCUUAGAUUUCCAGCAUAUCAACAAGGACGUAUUUCCUAACCCAUGUUUCCGCGUGUCUUCCCCAGGCACCCUCUCUUCCCCCUGCUGGCGCUGCUCUUCGAGAAGUGCGAGCUGGCCACGCAGAGCGCUGACUCCGUGAGCAGCGACUCCUUCAACCUGGACAUCCAGGCCUUCGUGCAGCACCAAGAGCGGGACCGCAAGCCUUUCCUCAUGAACGACCCCGAAGUAGACGGCCUGAUGAUCAAGGCGAUCCAGGUGUUACGCAUCCACCUGCUGGAGCUGGAGAAGGUGCAGGAGCUGUGCAAGGACUUCUGCAACCGGUACAUUACCUGUCUGAAGGGCAAGAUGCAGAGCGAGAACCUCUUGAGGACUGAGUACGGCUACGACUCCCCGGGUUCUCCUGACGGCGGGAGUCCCUACAACGGCCACCACCAGCACCACCUGCCACACCAUCACCCACAGGUUAGGUCAUCCAAUCCCUUGUUGCGAAACGGCGCUAGGCCAUUUGAAACCAUCAUGCGUCACGCGCUGUCAUGCGCCCCACUUAGGUCACAGCCAGCCAUUCUUCACCCCAUUCGCUUUGUGUAG